CGUACUGGGGUGAAAAUUUUCCAAGCUGUACUGAGGUUGUGCCAUACGAACAGAAGUUGCGCCCCAUAAGCAGCGAUCCAUUCAUCCUGAUAGCACCUUUUGGUAACCGAUUCCGCCACCUAAGCAAUAGUCUGCAAUGAUUCAUUCGAGCACUUUUCACAAUUGGAUGGUUUCUUGUUCUUGGCUCCUCGCUAGUUUGCUUUUUGCUUGUUUGACAGGUAUAAUACGUCGUUCCAUUGCACAGUAUGGUCACAUACUUUUGAUUAUUGAUAUACGACCUUUUAAAACCCAAAAGAUUAGGUUACACCUCUUAUAUUAGACCGUAGUUUUCAAGUAUAUCUUCCGACUCCUGCUC